CAACCAAGGGUAUUACCAGUGAACCUAUCGCAAUGGCGGCGACGCUUUCUUAUCUCCUGUCUCACCUUUUAUGGAUUUUCCUUCGACGAAAUAAGGGUUUCCUAGUGUAACCCGCCAGCUGGUUCUACAGCUACUCUGGCCUGAAAUGCUGAGGUUUUUAGACCGACCUCAUCAAACCAGAGCAAUUAGACUUCCUGUUGCUGAUAUAGCCGACGUAUGUCUUUACUAUCGCGCACCCUUGUGUGUCUCGAUUUCGUGCGAUUUCCCCUUAGCCGGCACCUUUAUCAUAACCCUAGCAAUUAGGGUGUUUUAUUUGAAAAUCGGCGGUCAAGCGGUUUGUUUCUAUAGAACUAGUUUCUUCUUCCGUUGCUUGGGGUUUCUUAUUAUCUGUUAACUCCAGGUAGUCCUCCGAGCGAUGGAGGUCACCAGCAAAGCCGCGAGGGAGGGGUCCCGCGCUGGCGGGGGAGGCGAAGCCUCCAGCGCGGGCGGGGAGAAGAAGGUGAAGGUGAUGCAGCGCGGGCACGGCAUUGCGCACCUGGAGAAGCUCCGCCUGCAGGAGUUGCGGAACGCGGAGCUAGAGCGGUCGCAGCAGCAGCAACAGCAGCAGCACCAGCAGCACCAGCAGCAGUUAAGACAGCUACAGCAGCAUCAGCAGCAGGAUCCCUCGAGCCUCUUAACCUCUUCCGCUACUGCUAUUCAAGCGCUAGGGCUCGGCGGACUUUUCUCCUUUUCGCCCUCCGUCGCUUCCUCCUCCCUUGCGUCUCUCUCCGCCCCUCUCGGCCCGCAUUCCGACAGCCUCGCGACAGCGGCCGCGGCGGCGGCGGCGGCGGCAGCUGCGUCCGAUCCGCUGUUGAGCAUCGCCGCGCGAAGGCAGUUGUCGCUGCUCGCGGCGUCGCGGUCGUUGUCAAGCGACUUCGUGGAUCGAAUGCGCGUGGGCGGAGACCGAUCUGUGGGCGGAGGAGGGAGCGGGGCUGGCGGAAGCUUAGGCGGAAGCAUUGGCGGAAGCUUGGGCGGGCUGGGUGCGGCGCUUGGGGGACUGAGCGGAACGACGGGGAGCAGUGCCGAGGGAAACGAGCGGGUUCCGCUAGACGUGGUUAUGGCAGCGUCGGCAGGCGCAGCUUUGGGUAGAGACGGAUUCCACAUGCUCGGCGGAGGCUUGGGCGGAGGCUUGGGCGGAGGCGGGGGUUCAAACCUCGACGUGGGGGCGUUUGGCGGAGCAGGGGGGCCGGGGGGCGGCAGUGUGGCCAUUGGGGCUGGGUACAACUCGUGGGAGGUCGACAGCAGCUCGCGCACCCCAGGCUCCCGCGGAACUGGGCUCGGCGCAGCAGCAGCAGCAGCAGCAGCUGCAGCGGCGGCGGCGGCAGCAACAGCAGCAGCGGCAUCGGCAGCAGGCGGGACGUCAGGAAUAGCAGCAGGGGCAAUGCCAGGGGGAGGACUUGCUGGUUCAACCCCCCCGGCUGCUGCGUCUGCUGCUUCCCACGGGCUAUCAAAUCUCGCCUCAGGCGCGAGCGCUGGCGGGGGGAGCGCGGGUACGGGCGCUGGGCCUGCGGGUAUGAGUGGUGGGGGAGGCGGUAGCCCCCUUGGCGCGGGGGGGAGCUCGCUCUCCGCCCAUCUACCCAGCGCCACGCCUCUUUCCGCCACUGGCGUGGGCAGCUCCCGAACCGUGUCCGAGCCUGUGAGUGGAGCUUCGGCAUCGCUCAUCGCGUCCCUAUCCUCCCGAAUCCUCGCCGAAGCUCACUUGCGCGAGGCAGCAGCAGCAGCAGGUGGUGCUGGUGGCGCUGGUGGUGCAGGGUCUGCAGCAGCAGCCGCAGCCGCAGCAGCAGCGGCGCAUUUUAGUAACCUAAACGCAGCAGCAGCAGCAGCAGCAGCACACCUAGGAGAUCUAGGAGACCUAGGAUCAACAGCAGCAGCAACAGCAACAGCUGCAGCGGCAGCGGUAGCAGCAGCAGCAGCAGCAACGGCAACCACCGCCCAGCUCUCCUCCUUCCAUGGCCAGGCGUUUUCCCCAUCCUCUCUAGCCGACUCUCUCCUCUGGAAUCGUCUCAAUACGGAAUCUCAUCUACAGGACUUAGCCCAAAGGGACUUAGCCCAACGCGAAUUAGCCCAGCGGGACCUAGCCCUGCGGGAAUUGAAGGCAGAGUCCCACCUCCGGGACUUGAGAGCAGCGGACCUAGCCCUGCGCCUGCAGCUUGAGGGGCGGUUAGGCCCGCUGGAAGCAGCUCGGCAGCUGGAAGCCGCCAGGCAAGCUGCUGCGGGGCUCCUGGGCGGAACAGGAGCAGGGGCGGGAGGGGGAGGCGGGGGAGGCGGAGAAGGUGGGGGAGGUGAGAUGCAAGGGAGGCGUGAGUCCGUUACUGCUGCAGCAGCAGUGGCAGUGACAGGAAGGGAAGUGGGACAGGUGGAGGAGUGGAAAGCAGGCCACGAUUGGGAUGUGGUUCGGGAACCGAGGCUGGCGAAAGGGCGGGAAGUGGGGCCGGCGGAGGUUCGGGAAGUGAGACCGGCGGAGGUUUGGGAUGUGGGUCAGGUGGAGGGACGGAAAGUGGGGAACGAUUGGGGAUUGGCUCGGGAAGUGAGACCAGCGGAGGUUCGGGAAGUGAGACCGACGGAGGUUCGGGAAGUGAGACUGGCGGAGGGUCGGGAGAAGAGGCGGAAAGACGAAGAAGAGGAGGAGGGGGGACGAGGGAUUGAGGCGAAGAGGGGGAGGAGGGAGGAGGUGGGAGGGGAUGUGACGGGUGGGCGGGACGAGGGAAUGAGAAUGGAGGGAAGGGGAGAGGGGCAGGCGCAGGUGCAGGAGGUUCUAGCUCUUGCAAACCGCUUUGAGGCGCCUCACACUGGGCAGGAGGUUCAGACUCCGGCGAAUCGCUUUGAGGCGCCUCAAACGUUGCAGGAGGUCCAGGUUCCGGCGAAUUUCUUUUUGAAUAGAUGGGCGAGUUUGGGCCGGAGUAACAGGGAGUCGGAAACGGCAGCUGGAGGAUCGCUUGUAGCAGCACUCACAGCAACAGGAAGAGGAGCACCCACAGCAACCACAACAACAGCCGGAGCAGCAGCAGCAGCAGCAGCACCAGAACCAAUAGUACCACCACCAGCAGCGGCAGCAGCAGCAGCAGCAGCAGUAGGAAGGGAAGGGGCUUUGCCAGUGCCAAAGGUUUUGGUGAAGCAGGAAAGAGAGGAGGGGCUGACUGCCUUUGAGUCGGGUCAAAGGAAAAGAGAGGAGGGGCAGGGUGCUGGAGGAGGGAAGCAGGUAGGGUUGGGAAUGGAACGAGGGUAUACCUCGGGUGGACCUAGUGGUGCUGAUGCUGCUGGUGGCUCUGCUGCUGCCCCUGCUGCGGCCCGUGCUGCCGCCUCUGCUACAGCUGCUGGUUUAGGUGGUGGGUCUGCUAGUGCCCCUGCCGCUGCUGCUGAUACUAUGGGGGUUGAGGCUAAGUGGUGGCGGCGGGUGUCACUUCAACUGGAGGACGCAGGGCUAAGCGGCAGGCGGGAGGACACAGGGCUAAGCGGCAGGCGGGAGGACACAGGGCUAAGCGGCAGGCGGGAGGACGCAGGGCCAAGUGGCAGUGGCGUGGGGAGUGUGGGAGGGGUGGGUUCCUCCGGUGGUGGUGGUGGGGGUGGUGGGGCUGGUAAUGAUGUGGUUAGUGGGAUCAGUGGUGCUGCUGCUGCCACAGAUGCGGCUACAGGUGCUGCUGCUACAGAUGCUGCUACAGGUGCUGCUACAGGUGUUGCUACAGGUGCUGCUACUGGUGGUGCGGCUACUGGUGGUGCCACAGGUGCUGCAGGUAAGGAGGAGGGAAGGACGGCUGGGAAGGGAAGAGCCGAGGAGAAGAGAAGGGUUGGGGAGGAGGAGAGGAGUGUGGGCGCGGAGAACAAACGGUUUGGGGAGGUGCUGAGGGGUGUGGGGGCGGAGAAGAAAUGGUGUGGGGAGGAGGAGAGGAGUGGGAAGAAGGAGAGGAGUGGGGAGGAGAAAAGGAGGGCGGGGAAGAAGAGGAGAGAGGAGGAAGAUGCAAUGGUUGAGGAGCAGAGGGCGGAGAGGGCAGAGACGGGAAUGGCGAGGCAGGGGAGAGUUGAGGAGGAGAGGGUAGUCCAGGAGAAGACAAGAGUACAGGAGAAGACAAGAGUACAGGAGAAGGCUACAGCUGAGGACGAGAGGGCAGGGGAGGAGAGGGUAGCUCAGGAGAAGGCAAGAGUAGAGGGGAAGGUUAUACCUAGAGAAGAGAGGGUGGUGGAGAGGGUAGUGGAGGAGAUUUUAGCAGAGAAGAGGGUAGGGGAGGAGAGGGGGGUGCAGCAGGAGAGGGUAGUGGAGGAGAGGGUAGUGGUGGAGAGGGUAGUGGAGGAGAGAUUAGCAGAGGAGAGGGUAGUGCAGGAGAGGGUAGUGGAGGAGAGGGCAGUGCAGGAGAGGGUAGUGCAGGCGUUGAGGCGCAACAUGGUGAAGUGCUUUGGGAAGGAAGUGGCUCAGCGGAUCUUUGCAGCGGUGCAAUCACAGGAGGAGGAGUGUGCGCAGCAGAUUGGCCAGCUGCAUCAAUUGCAUGAAAGGCAGCAGCAGCUUCUUUCGAGCCUACCAAAACGAUCAGCAGGAGCCUCCCCUUCGACAGGAGUCGUUCCAUCAACAGGAGCCUCUCCUUCCUCCGUGUCUCCUGCUGUAGCAACUUCUGCCACCCACCCUCCUCCUCCUCCUGCUGCUGCUCCUCCUGCUCCUCCUUUUUCUCCUCCUCCUCUUCCUCCUCCUCGCUCCUCCUCCCGCUCCCCUCUCCCGCGCUCCCCUCUAUCCUGCAACAGGCCCGCACCCACGUUUAACCCGCCUGAGAGCUGGGCUCGGGCCGUCUAUGCGUCCAACGGCGCCCCUGACCUCAAUGCAGAUCCUGAAGCUGAUCUCGCGGGCGCUGGCUCUUCAGACGCAGGAGCAGGCGCAGGCACUACGGGAGCAGGAACGGGCGCAGGAGCAGGAGCAGGAGCAGGAGCAGGAGCAACAGGAGCAGGAGCAACAGGAGCAACAGGAGCAACAGAAGCAACAGGAGGAGCAGGAGCAACAGGAGCAACAGGAGCAACUGGAGCAGGAGCAACAGGAGCAACAGGAGCAACAGGAGCAAUAGGAGCAACAGGAGCAACAGGAGCAGCAGGAGCAAGAGAAAAAGGCGCAGGAGAGACAGGAGAAGCAAGAGCAGGAGCAGCAGGAAGCACUUUGGGUGAUGGGGAUGAUGGGAAGAAGCACUUACAGCAUGACCCUGGCAGCCUUCACCUUUUUAGAAAGAGGGGCCAUCCUGAUUCCAAUAGAGAGGAGAGAGCGGAUGAAGCAGAGAGAGAGGGGGCAAACGAGAGAGGAGAAAGAGGAGAUCGGGAGCACGGUAGGUCGAGCAAGAGGGGUAGGGGAGGCUUGGAUUUCGACCUGGAGUCCGAACCUGCUGCUGAGGCUCGGACAAAUGGGAGUAGGUCAGGUUUUGAUCUGGAGUCCGUUCCAACGGCUGAGAUUGAUGAGGGAGGAGGCGGAGGAUCUGGACGGCAAGGGCUUGACUUGGAGCAGGAUCCAACGGCUGAGAUGGCAUCAGAGGAAGAUCUACGGCCGGGAAGGGUAGCAGGAGUCUGUAACGAUUACCUUGAGCUGAACUUCGGCUUCAAGGGGGCAGAAGAGAAAGCUAGAGAGAGGAUUGGCAGCAAACUGGGGACUGAAGAGAGUGCCAGGAAAGGCACAGAGGAGACUGACACGAAGACUGACACGAAGACUGACACAAGGGCUGACACAAAGACUGACACAAAGACUGACACAGAGCCUGGCACAACGCUGCACACAGAGCCUCGCGUAGAGCCUCGUGUAGAACGCCACCCAACAACACUUGAGAUGUGUCACAGGGAUCACGCUGAGAUUGGUACAGAGGCGCGCACAGCGAUGGGCCCUAAGCCUAUGGAAGCAAGCAGAAAGGAGUUUGGUGCAGGGCUAUGUCUGUCUCAGCCUAGCAGGGAACGCAAACGAGGAACUAGUGUAGACGCCAGUAACGCCUGUGACGCUGGUAACACCGGUAACGCCAGUAACACUGGUAGCGCCAGUGUAGUGAGUGUUGAGGCGGCUCAAGAGUUGAAUACAGAGAGAGCUGAGACUGCAACGUUGAAGAGGAUGGGUCUGGAGGGGCCUCAGGUGUGGAGCAGAAAGAAAGGUGCAAGUGAAACGCUGGGGAUGAUGGGUCUUGCGGCGCCUCAAGAGUUGAAUACAGAGAGAGCUGCGACUGCAACGUUGAAGAGGAUGGGUCUGGAGGGGCCUCAGGUGUGGAGCAGAAAGAAAGGUGCAAGUGAAACGCUGGGGAUGAUGGGUCUUGCGGCGCCUCAAGAGUUGAAUACAGAGAGAGCUGCGACUGCAACGUUGAAGAGGAUGGGUCUGGAGGGGCCUCAGGUGUGGAGCAGAAAGAAAGGUGCAAGUGAAACGCUGGGGAUGAUGGGUCUUGCGGCGCCUCAAGAGUUGAAUACAGAGAGAGCUGCGACUGCAACGUUGAAGAGGAUGGGUCUGGAGGGGCCUCAGGUGUGGAGCAGAAAGAAAGGUGCAAGUGAAACGCUGGGGAUGAUGGGUCUUGCGGCGCCUCAAGAGUUGAAUACAGAGAGAGCUGCGACUGCAACGUUGAAGAGGAUGGGUCUGGAGGGGCCUCAGGUGUGGAGCAGAAAGAAAGGUGCAAGUGAAACGCUGGGGAUGAUGGGUCUUGCGGCGCCUCAAGAGUUGAAUACAGAGAGAGCUGCGACUGCAACGUUGAAGAGGAUGGGUCUGGAGGGGCCUCAGGUGUGGAGCAGAAAGAAAGGUGCAAGUGAAACGCUGGGGAUGAUGGGUCUUGCGGCGCCUCAAGAGUUGAAUACAGAGAGAGCUGCGACUGCAACGUUGAAGAGGAUGGGUCUGGAGGGGCCUCAGGUGUGGAGCAGAAAGAAAGGUGAAAGUGAAACGCUGGGGAUGAUGGGUCUUGCGGCGCCUCAAGAGUUGAAUACAGAGAGUGCUGCGACUGGGACGUUAGGGAGGAUGGGUCUGGAGGCGGCUCAAGAGUUGAUGAGGCAGAAAGGUGAAAUUGAUACGUUGGGGAUGAGUCUUUCGGCACCUUGUGAGUUGAAUACAGAGAGAGUUGGGAGUGGAACGUUGAGGAUGCUUUUAUGGGGGACGGAUGAGGCGGGGAGCGGGGAGAGGCGCCCGGAAGGGGAGAAAGAGGAAAGUAAGAGCGGGGAAGGGGAGGAGGAGAAAGGGGAGAAGGAGAGAGGGGAGAAGGAGAAAAGGGCGAAGGAGAAAAGGGAGAAGGAGAAAGGGGAGGAGGAGAAAGGGGAAGUGAAGAAAGAGGGAGGAGGAAUGGUCGAAGGGGAGGAGGAACGGAAACGAGAAGGCACGAGUAACGAAGGGUUGCCAGGAGAAAGGGAGAAGAAGGAGAGGGAGACUGAGAGAAUAAAGGACGAGGGAAUGAAGAAGGUCACGAAGGAUGCAGUCACAGCAGGGGAGGAAGGUGAGAAAGAGGAGCAAGCGAGAGGGGUUAGGGAGACGGAGGAAAGAAAUAGAGGCGGAGAAAAGGAUGCAGUCACAGCAGGGGAGGAAGGUGAGAAAGAGGAACAGGGGAGAGGGGACGAGAGGGAUGCAGUUACAGUGGAAGAGGAAGGAGAGAAGGUGGCAGAGGGGAGAGGGGACGAGAGGGAUGCGGUUACAGUGCAAGAGGAAGGAGAGAAGGUGGCAGAUGGUGAGGGGAAGAAACCUCAUGAGUUUAGAGGAGUGAGGGAGAGGAAGGGAGGGGAAGAAGGAGUACAGGAGAUGAGGGAAGGGAAGGAUGCAGUCACAGCAGGGGAGGAAGGGGAGAAAGGGGGAGAUGGUCAAGAAAAGAAACUUGAUGAAUUCUUGGGAGAAGGGGAAGAGGGGAAGGAAGGGGAGAAAGCGGAGCCGGAGAGAGGGGGAAAGGAGGAGGAAAGUGAGGGAGUGGAACAGGAGGAAGAGAACAAGGAGCAGGAGGUAAGGCAGGAAGAGCAGGAGGAAGGGAAGGACGAAGAAGGGGUUAAAGUUGAAAGGGGAAACAAGGAAGCGGAUAAAGAGGAGAUGGGGAAAGGGGAGAGAGGCGAAGGGCGAAGAGGGGACGGGAAGAGCCAGGAAAGCGAGCGAGACUAUGUGGGAGGCACGGAAGAGGAAAGGGAGAAGGAGGAAGGGGAGAAGGAGGAAGGGGAGAGGGAGGAAGGGGAGAAGGAGGAAGGGGAGAAGUUGGCAGAGGGUAAAGCAGAGGCUGGAGGUGAUGAGAACAGGGUGAGAAGGGAGGAGGGAGAAGCGGUGGUAGAGAAUGCAAGAGAGGAGGUAGGGAAGCGGCCACGGAAAUCGGAGGAAUUAUACGGGAGGGAUGCGACGAAGGGCAGGUCUGAGGAGAAGCCAGGGAAGGAUGUGCUCCUAAAGGAGCAGGAAGUGAUAGUAAAGGAAGAGGGGAAGGAGAAGCAUGUAGGGUCUGACGGGAGAGAGGGGGGGGGAAGAAGUGGGAUUGACAUCCGGCUUGGGAAUGAGCUGGGGAAGGAGAUAGAGAAGGCAGCGCUGGAGAAUGUGAGCAAGGCAGAGCUCGGUGUGACUGACGGGAUAGAGACAGAAGGGGUGGAGAAGGGGCGGAUUAUUGGAGAAGAGAAAGAGGGUGAAGAGACGCCAAGAAAAGAAGCGGAAGAGAACGUGGCGGAAGAGAGGGCGAGGUUUGCUCCCACGCUUAAUCCGGAGAAAGUGGGAGGGAGAGAGCUCAGCGGAGGAGGGAGGAAUGUCGAGUCGACGUCCGUGCCUGGUAGUGCAGGGAGUGGAGGGAAGGGUUUGGAGGGGCGCUCGCAGGGAGCUGAAGGAACGGAGGGUUUGAGCGAGUGUGCUGGUCUAUAUGAGGUUGAAGUGGCAGGGAAGGGUGAUAGACAUGCUCAUGCUGCUGCUCCUGCCGCUGCUCCUGGUGAUUGUGCUGCUGUUGGUGGUGAUGGUGGUGGUGGUGCCAUUCCUGGUGCUGCUGGUUCUGCUGCUGGUGGCACUGAUGGUGGUGGUGCUGCUGCUGUUGCUGCUGUGGCUACUGAUAGAGUAGCUAAUGUGGGUGGGGACGGGCAUGGUGGUUCUCCAGAGGACAAUAGACAGCGAGAGGGCGGUGGCACAAUGCAGUGUGACUCUAUCAAGGGUGACUCAAGAGAGUGUGGUCCCAGCGGUGCUUCUGAUGGGGCACAAGCUGCACUAGACUUGGGGAAACUUGAGGCUGGGGAAAGAAAGAGAGGGAAGUUGGAUUUGGGGGAAGCGAGAGAGGGUGGUAAGGCAGUGAAGCGGAGGGAAGAUGAGGAGGGGGAAGUUGAUAAAGGGGAAGGAAGAUGAGACGGGGAAGGAGGAAGAGAAGAGCCGCAGCAGGCAGCAGGUCUAGGGAGGAAGCAGGCACUUCGGCCGCAGCAGCGGCAGCAGCAGCAGCGGUCGCAGCAGUACAACAAGAGAAAGGGGGAGCGGCCAAAGUGGAGGAGGGAGGUGAGAAGAAGGGACGAGUAGAGGAUGAAGCUAUGCUUGCCAUGAGCUUGUAGCCUCCAUCCAUGUGGGUAUUCGGUUGGUGCAGUAAUGGAUGGUAGUACUAGCCUAGCUUGGGUAAGAAAGGGCAACGAGGAACAACAGAUAAUUGCAGUGCAUCUGCAAGGGGACGAGUGCAGGAGAUGUGAAAAAGUGGGAAUGGGGACGAGUGAGCAAGAGAAAGGAGGUCAUGGGGUAGGGGCUCAUUAAAAAGGAAUGGGAGCUUGAUGAAUGUGUGGCAUGUUCGAUGCCAGUUGGAACUUGGAAGGCGAGUGAGUAGUGGUAACCCAGGAGGCACCCAAGCACAACAGAGUACAUGAAGCAUGUGGAGGCGAGCACGGUAGUGGAAAUAUGUUAAGGGUAUGUGAUAGAGUUCUGUUUUGAGGCGCCUCAAAACUAGAUGUUAAGGGUGUGAUAGAGUUCUGCUGCUUUGAUUCCGCCAUGUGAAUAUGCAAGACUGCUAGGGAAGUAGGUAGUGAGGGUGAUUCUUCAAAAGAUCUUCAUGAGACCAUUAGGCAGAACUGGUUGUUUUGCUGAACCGCUUUGUGUAACUACAUCUGUAC